UCUUUAGAAAAACCCAAUCCGUAGAUUUCCUCAUAAUGGCCUGGGGCUUGCUCCUCUCCACAAUCCUGGCAUCCAUUAUUGGUCCCAGUGUCCAGCAGUUACAGACUUUGAAGGACCCAGAAUUUGUGGCUCCAGGUGGGACAGUCACUAUGUCUUGCAGGUUCGAGAGUGGAAACAUCGCUGAUGGCAACUACCCUUUGUGGAUACAGAAAAAACCUGAGAGUAAACCCUGGACACUUAUCCAUGACACCAGCAUCAGACCGUCUGACGUUCCAGCUCGUUUCUCUGGUUCUAGAUUUGGGAAUGUUAUGUCCCUGACCAUCACGGGGGCCCUUCCAGAAGAUGAAGCUGCUUAUUACUGUGCUGUGUGGUCUGGGAGUCAGGGGCACAGUGCUUCAUUCAGAUGGGGGAAGUGA